AUGGAGACGCUGAACGGCCCCGCGGGUGGCGGUGCCCAGGACGCGAAGCCGCAGCCGCCUGGCCAGCACCACCGCCACCACCACCAUCUCCACCCGCUGGCGGAGCGGAGACGGCUGCACCGCGCGCCCUCGCCAGCCAGACCGUUUCUCAAGGACCUGCACGGUCGGCCCGCGGCUCCCGGCCCGGCCGCCCCCUCCUCGGGCCGAGCCCCGGCGCCCGCCGCCCCGCGCUCUCCCAGCCUCGCAGGCAAGGCGCCGCCUUCGCCGGGGCCCCCGGCCGCGCCCGGCCGCCUCUCCCGGCGGAGCGGCGGCGCCCCCGGCGCGAAGGACAAGCCGCCGCCGGGCGCCGGGGCCAGGGCAGCGGGCGGCGCUAAGGCCGCUCCGGGCCCCAGGAGAGUGGCACGCGCGGCGCCCGCCGAGCCGCUGCCCCGGGUAGGGAAACCGCCGCCCGGGGCCGAGCCGCCGCCCGCCGCUUCCAAGGGCCGCAGAGCCAAACGCGCCUCCGGAGCGGUCCCCGCCCGCGCCUCCGGGCCCCGGGUCCCCGCCGUCGCGGUCCCUGCCGUGAUCCUCGCCGUGACUUCCGCGGCCGGCUCCUCGGCCCCCGGCUCGCGCAUCAGCCACACAGACAGCAGCUCCGAUCUCUCCGACUGCCCCUCAGACCCUCUUUCCGACGAGCAGCGCCUGCUCCCCGCCGCCAGUAGCGACGCCGAGUCCGGCACGGGCUCCAGCGACCGGGAACCUCUGCGAGGAGCCCCCACGACCAGCCCCCCAGCUCGGGGGGCGCCGCCGGGCAGCCCCGAGCCCCCGGGACUCCUCGCCGCGACCCCCGCCGCCUGCCUUGGGGGUCGGAGCAGCCCCAGCGGGGUCCCCUCGGCGUCCCCGGGGCCCGGCGUGGUGGAGGAUGUCGCGGGGCGAGCACCGCCGGAGCGAAUGGGCCCCGGGACCCCCAGGGAUCACGGGCCGGGCGAGCGGCACCGGCUGGUCCCGGCGGCGGAGGAGGAGGAGCUGCUGCGGGAAAUGGAGGAGCUGCGCUCGGAGAACGACUAUCUCAAGGAUGAGUUGGAUGAACUCCGGGCGGAAAUGGAAGAGAUGAGAGACAGUUACUUGGAGGAGGAGGUUUACCAACUGCAGGAGCUGCGGCGGGAGCUGGACCGCGCCAACAAGAACUGCCGAAUCCUGCAAUACCGCCUCCGGAAGGCCGAGCAGAAGAGGCUGAAGGUGGCAGAGACCGGGCAGGUGGACGGGGAGCUUAUCAGGAGUCUGGAGCAGGACCUGAAGGUGGCCAAAGACGUGUCGGUCCGAUUGCACCAUGAACUUGAAACCGUGGAGGAAAAGAGAGCUAAAGCGGAAGACGAGAAUGAAACUCUCCGACAGCAGAUGAUCGAAGUGGAGAUAUCCAAGCAGGCCCUGCAGAACGAGCUGGAGAGACUGAAGGAGAGUUCCUUGAAAAGGAGAGGCAGCCGGGAAGCGUACAAAGAGAAGAAAGCCUUCACCCAGGAUGACAGCGCGGAUCUGAGGUGCCAGCUCCAGUUUGCCAAAGAGGAGGGCUCGCUGAUGCUCAGGAAGAUGGCCAAGCUGGGGCGCGAGAAGGACCGGCUGGAGCAGGAGCUGCAGAGGUACAAGGCCCUCUACGGGGAUGCCGACAGCCCCCUGCCCGCGGGCGAGGCUGGCGGGCCGCCCAGCACCCGCGAGGCCGAGCUGAAGCUGCGGCUGAGGCUGGUGGAGGAGGAGGCCAGCAUCUUGGGCCGGAAGAUCGUGGAGCUGGAGGUGGAAAACCGGGGCCUCAAGGCCGAGAUGGAAGACCUGCGUGGCCGGGAGCCCCUGCCCGGUGGGCCGACCUCGCCCUUCGGGGGGGACUCCUUGGAGUCCUCGGCCGAGCUGCGCCGGCACCUGCAGUUCGUGGAGGAGGAGGCGGAGCUGCUGCGGCGGUCCAUCUCUGAGAUUGAGGACCACAACCGGCAGCUGACCCACGAGCUGAGCAAGUUCAAGUUCGAGCCAAGGCCCGAACCAGCCUGGCUGGCAGGGGGCGGGGCGCCCCUGCAGGACGAGCUCCAGGCGUCGCGGCUGCCGGUGAGCGAGCUGAGCAGGGAGGUGCUGACGCUGCAGCCGGGCCCGCGCGCACCGAGCCCGCGGGACAGCGAUGCUGACAGCGACACGGGUCGGAGGAGCGACGACGGCGAGGACGGCCGCGUGCAGCCCCGCCGGGAGGGCCCCAUUGGCGGCGAGAGCGACUCGGAGGAGACCUUCGAGAAGACCUCGGGCUUCGGCAGUGGGAGGCCGUCGGAGGCCGGGGAGUGCCCGGAGCUGCUGCGCGCGCGGGAGGACUCGGAGCGCCUGGCGAGCAUCAGGCAUGAGGCGGAGCGGCUGGAGCGCGCGGUGGAGCGCAUCAUCACGGACACCGAGGCCGCACUCCCGGGCGGAGAGGCCUCGCCCGGAGCCUGCGGCCAGGGCACCAGGGAGGAGCCCCAGCUGCUGGGGACCCUCAACGCGAGGAUGAAGGCCUUCAGGAAAGAGCUCCAGGCCUUCCUGGAGCAGGUGGAGCGGCUGGGGGAGGGCCUGUCCCCGCUGCCCCAGCUCACCGAGUCAUCCAGCUUCCUGUCCUCUGUGACCUCCGUGUCCCGGGACUCCCCGGUGGGGAACCUGGGCAAGGAGCUGGGCCCGGACCAGCAGUCCAAACUGAGAGAUCAGAUGGAAUGGCAGCCGGGGCAGGAGCGAGGGGAGGAGCGGGGUCACCUCCAUCUCCGCGCCGCACGGGAGCUGCACCGCCGAGCCGACGGGGACGCCGGGAGCUGCCGGCCCGGAGCCCAGAACUGCUUCAGCCUUGAGAGUGUAUCGAUAAAGGAGCUUCAGGGUCAGCUCGCGCAGGUAGUCAGACCACAUCAGGAAGAGGCAGAGAGAUUGACAGACACCAUCUGGAAGGUGGAGGAGGAACGCCGCUGCGCCCUGCGGCGGCGGGACCGGGAGGCGAACGGCCUGGGCCUGCAGGGCUCGCUGCACGAGCGCGCCUGGGGCGACGAGAGGCACCUGUUGCAGCAGGAGCUGCGCUCCCUGAAGCAGAACAUCUUCCUCUUCUACGUCAAGCUCAGGUGGCUGCUCAAGCACUGGCGCCAAGGGAGGCAGGCGGAGGAUGACACGGAGGACUUCAUGGAGAGCGAGCUUCCAGAGACCUUCCCCAGGCUUGGGGAGUUUGGCAUCCAGGGGGACACAAAGGCAGACAGUCCAGACCGAGAUGACGAUGGGCCAGGCUGUGGCUUUUCCCUGGGAGAGCGCUCUCCGCAGAUGGGUGACCACGGAUCGCGGCUGCAGCCCACAGACGGGGGGCAGCUCUCCAGGCAGGUGGCGGAGACCCAGCCGCUGUUCUGCGCGCUCAAGGCGCUGCUCGAGGAGCUGCGUGCGGAGCUGCGGGAGGACGCGCGCGCACGCCAGCGGCUGCAGCAGCAAUACGCAGGCGACAAGGCCGCCUGGGAUAUCGAGUGGGCCGCGCUCACGUGCCGCCUGGAGCAGCUGGAAGCAAAGAAUGAGAAGAGCUUGGGAGACCCAGGCUCCUGCACCGACAGCAAAGGGGCCUUCAGGAAGGAGAGGGAGGUGCAGCAGAAGCUGCUGGCGGACAGUCACAGGCUGGUCAUGGACCUGCGCUGGCAGAUCCACCACAGCGAGAAGAACUGGAACCGGGAGAAGGUGGAGCUUCUCGACCGCCUGGACCGGGAGCGCCAGGAGUGGGGGCGGCAGGAGAAGGAGCUGCUGUGGAGAAUUGAACAGUUGCAGAAAGAAAACAGUCCCCGGAGAGGUGGCAGUUUCCUCUGUGAUCAAGAGCAGGGAUCCCCCUGCCCUGCGGGGAUGUGGCCCUGUAUGGACACAGACUCCAGUGCAUUUGAGGACCGGCCGCUGUCCAAGCUGAAGGAAUCGGACAGGUGCUCAGCACGGGAGAACCUCUACCUGGACACCUUGUCCCUGGAUGAUGAGUCAGAGGAGCCCCUGGCCCUCGGGCCCCAGAGGGAGUUCAGGAACUGCUUCCGUGAGGAAGAAGAAAGUCACAAGGGAAAUCUUCAAAGGGCCGUGUCUGUGUCGUCCAUGUCUGAGUUCCAGCGCUUGAUGGAUGGCUCUCCCUUCCUGCCAGAGAAGGGCCUACCCCCCACCUGCAGCAAGGAGGACGUCACCCCACCCCUAUCCCCUGAUGACCUCAAGUACAUCGAGGAGUUCAACAGCAAGAGCUGGGACGACAGGCCUCCAGACCCCUGGGCGGACAGGACCGAGGUGGGGCGGACGAGGCCCGAGGCCAGCACCGAACCUUUCUCCGACACCGCCUGGUACCUCACCACAAGCAUCACCCUGACCACGGACACCGUGACCAACCCCGAGCACUGCCAGAAGCAGCCCCCGCGGAACCUCGUCUGUGCUGAGCAGGCUGGGGGGAGGGGGCUGCACAGCCCCCCUGCCAUCCGGAGGCUGGAUGGCAUUGUGGCAGGGGUCGGCGAGAGCAGGGCCCGAGGGGGCCCCGGGGAUGCCAAGGGGGGCCCUUCUGAACAUGUGCUCAGCAGGUGGCCCUGUGCCCCCUCCAGGCACCCCCGAAACUACACGGAGGGGGGGAUCCGGCCCCUCGACAGCACCCUCAGCUUCUCCUCCCCGCUGCACAGCCUGGAGAUGCCCAGAAACCUGAGUGACGACAUGAAGGAGGUAGCCUUCUCAGUCAGGAGCACCAUCUGCUCCAGCCCCGGCGAGCCUCUGGUCAAGGACAUGGCCUGCCAGACCAAUGGGUCCCGGACGACAGGGACACAGACCAUCCAGACCAUCAGUGUUGGCCUACAGACGGAAGCCCUGCGGGGCAGCCCACACAAGUGUCUCACGCCCAAGGCGGGAGGUGGCGCCACGCCUGCGUCCUCUCCCUCCCGUGGCCUCAGGAACAGGCAGGUGGCCCCCGCCAUUGAGAAGGUGCAGGCCAAAUUUGAACGCACAUGCUGCUCCCCCAAGUACGGGUCUCCCAAGCUGCAGCGGAAGCCCCUCCCUAGAAUGGACCAAUCGAGUAGCAGGGCCUCCCCAGGGCUGGCUCAGAAGGGGUGCGGCGAGUCAGCCUGGGCCCGCUCCACCACCACACGCGAGAGCCCCGUGCACACCGCCAUGAACGAUGGUCUCUCCAGCCUCUUCAGCAUCAUCGACCACAGCCCGGUGGUGCAGGACCCCUUCCAGAAGGGGGUGCGGACUGCGAGUCGGUCUCGCUCAGCCGAGCCCCGGCCAGAGCUGGGUCCAGGCCAAGACACGAGCCCCAGCUCCCGGGGCCGCUCACCCAGCCCCAUCGGGGGUGGCUCAGAGACAUGCAGGGAGGAGGGGGGAGAGGGCACGCCCCUGAGGCAGGACUUAUCUGCUCCCCCUGGCUACACACUCACCGAGAACGUGGCCCGGAUCCUCCACAGGAAGCUGCUGGAACAUGCCUUAAAGGAGGAGCGGAGGCAGGCUGCCCACAGCCCCACAAACAUCAGCAGCGACAACCACCUGGGAGAAACGGCGGUCAAGGCCGAGCCAGGGUCCAUCGAGGAACUACCUUGUUCCGCACUCGCUCCGUCCCUAGAGCCUUGCUUCUCCAGGCCCGAGAGACCAGCAAACCGUCGCCCUCCGUCCCGCUGGGCCCCACACCCCCCCACUGCCUCACCAGCUCCAUCACCCGGAGAACCCACCUCCUUGGAGGAGCUCGGUGAUGAGGAGCCGCCUGGGGAGAAACCGCACGUGUGA